AUGGAGUUGCUGUUGGUGUCGGGAGUCGAGGUCAACGCAAUAAACGGGAAAGACAAGACGCCCGUGUAUCUGGCGGUGAAGUUCGAGAAGCUCAAGCUAGUCGGAAGCGAGGAACACAUUGCUCUGGCGAAAACGCUAUUGGACCGGGGCGCCUCGCCGAGCUGUCGCAACAACGACGGCUCCAUGGCUCUGCACGUGGCGGUGCAAGACAAGGAUGAAUCGCUCGCUCGACUGAUCAACGUCAAACACUGCUUCUAUGUGUCGCCUUUGGCCGUGGCGAUGCUCAUCGAUCAUGGCGCGAACAUCAAUCACAAAGACGCCCAGGGCAGGAUGGCCUUGAUGCUGGUGAUCAACCAGCAAAACUACGCGACGAUGCAACACCUAAUCGAGCAUGGAUCGCUUAUUAACGAGCGCGACUGCCACGACAAUACCGCCUUGCACAUGCUCCUUGCCAACUUGCACGCCAAGAAGAUGUCGAAUACCUGCUGGAGCGAGGCGCCGAUGUCAACAUCGAGAAUAGCGACGGACACACGGCCUUUGCUUACACGAUGA